AUGCCAUUCAAACCACCAGAAGUUUCAAAAUGCCCAAAAUGUAAUCAAAAUGUCUAUGCUGCUGAAGAAGUUCCAGCAGCUGGAAAAAAAUGGCACAAAAUGUGCUUUAAAUGUGGUCUUUGUAAGAAAAUGUUAGAAGCAAUGACUAUGGCUGAACAUGAAGGAAAUAUUUAUUGCAAACAAUGUUAUGGCCGUAAAUUUGGACCAAAAGGUUAUGGUUUUGGUCAAGGAGCUGGUACAUUAGGUAUGGAUACUGGUGAACAUUUAGGAAACAAAGGUGGCUCUGAGAUGACCAAUAAGCCAAACUAUGCUCCACCACCUGGCGCUGGUGCUCAUCAAGAUGAAUAA